GCUUCAGUUACUAUCGUUUUUAAUAAUGAAGAUAGAGAAAAUAGUCCUGUGGGUUUCGAACAAUAUACGCGUAUCAGUAUAACAAGACAGAUCAUUUUGGGCGGCCAAAGCAAAUACAUCGUCAACGGCCAUCGAGCCCAACAAAAUGUGGUUCAAAACUUAUUCCAAUCAGUUCAACUCAAUAUUAAUAAUCCUCAUUUUUUGAUCAUGCAAGGGAAAAUAACCAAAGUUCUUAAUAUGAAGCCUCCAGAAAUUUUAGCAAUGAUCGAAGAAGCUGCAGGGACGCGUAUGUUUGAAGAGAGAAAAGAAAAAGCGCUGAAGACAAUUGCAAAGAAAGAAAAAAAACUCGAAGAAAUUACAGAGGCGAAAGAAAUUGGGCCAAAGUUAGAUAAAUUAAGAACAGAGAAAAGAUCAUAUUUAGAAUUUCAGAAAACAGAAUCUGAUAUUGAACGACUGACGCGAUUGGUUGUUGCAUACGAAUAUACAAAACAUCAGGAAAAACUCGAUAGAUCAGGCGCCGAUUUCGAAGCAAAAAAAGUUAAAGUUCAAGAAUUACUGGAAUUUAAUGAAAAAUUAAAAGACGAAAUCGCAUAUCUAGAAGAAGAUAUUAGGCAAACGACCUUAAAUAAAGAAAAGGCAAAAAAUAACAUAACAGAAUAUUCCAAUCAAAUAGUUCGAAUUAAUACAAAAUGCGAACUUAAUAAAGCGUCUAUUACAGAAGAAAGAAAAAACAAGGACACACUGUUGUCUGUAAAAGCUGAGAUAGUGCAAAAUUUAUCGCAGAAAAGGAGGAAUUAUGAAAAAUUACAAGUACAAUUUGAUCAAAUAAAAAAAACUCACGAUGAGAAAAGUGAAAAAGUUCGAAAAGCAGAAGAACUCUUACAAACAUUGUCUACAGGGGUUUCAGCACAAGAGGGACAUGAGAAUGGAUAUAUGGAACAACUUCAAGGUAAACCACAUAAGAUAUAUAUGCCUUAUAUAGACGAGAAUAUUUACCAUAAGCGUGAAUCAUCUGUGAUUAUAGAGGCGAAAAAUAAUGCAACUCAAGCGAAGACUGAAUUAGAGCAAGCAAAAUUAAAAAUAUCUCAUCUCGAAAAAGAGUUAAAAGAAAAGGAGCCACAGGCUCAAAAGGCACAAAAAGAUGGCAGAGAACUACUUAGUUCCUUAGAGUCGGCCAAAAAAACAGCACAAGACUUGAAUGCCAAUUUGUCGAAGAUCGAUUGGGACCAAAGUAGGAUGGAGGAUCUGUUAAAAAGGAAGCUAAUCGAAGAGAAAACCAUUCAAGACAUUACAGAAAAAUGUGAAUCUCUGUCUUCACAAUUGUCGAAUUUAGAAUUCAUUUAUUCUAAACCGACACCAGAUUUCGAUCGAAGUACAGUUAAAGGUCUAGUCGCGGAGUUGAUUAGUGUUGACCCUAAAUAUGCUAAUUGUUCUACCGCUUUGGAAAUUUGUGCAGGAGGAAGAUUAUACAAUGUCGUGGUAAAUAACGAAAAAACUGGAUCAUUACUCCUUGAAAAAGGAAAACUACGAAAAAAAGUAACAAUCAUUCCGUUGAAUAAGAUUCAAGUAUUUAAGUUAUCCGCUGAGAGGAUCGCUGCUGCGCAAAGACUUAGUCCAGGAAAAGUAAAUUUAGCAUUAACAUUAAUUGGAUAUGAAAGAGAAGUUAAACCAGCAAUGGAAUAUGUAUUUGGCAGUACUUUAAUCUGUGCUGAUGCAGACUCAGCUAAAUUAGUUACUUUUCACAAGAGCGUUCAUGCUAAAUCUGUUACAUUGGAAGGUGAUGUUUAUGAUCCCAGUGGCACUCUUCAAGGUGGAUCUAAACCUUCUUCAGAAGGAAUCCUCAACAAGAUGCAGGCUUCAAAGGAGCUCAAGGAUAAGUUAAGAUUUCAUCAACAAGCACUCGAUAAAAUAAACUUAGAGAUUAAGGACGCACAAAAGGUUAUUCACAAAUACAACCAAGUAAGACAACAACUAGAUUUAAAAACGCAUGAGAUCGCAUUGUUGGAAGAACAAGUUAAUAAGAGCAGUAGUUCGCAGAUUAUUCAUGUUGUUGAGAAUAUUAUGUCCCAAAUUGCUGAACAGGAGAAUAUAAUUGUGACAUCUCAAGAAAGAUAUAAAGCGUGUCAGAUAACGUGUCAAAAGCUUGAAAACGAAAUGAAAGAAUUCAAAAGCAAUCGAGAUUCAAAAUUGAAAGAAAUUCAA